UCCGUUACACGUAGUAGUCGCAGUAUAAUAUCACAGUCCCUCUUUAUUUCACAAAGUUGGCAUACAGAACGCAGAGGUAGGUCUACCAGAAUGUUUCCCUUUUGUUUUGCAUUUGUUAUUAAUUAUUUGGAACACGAGCUAUGUUCACAAGUUAUGAACUUUUCCUAAAGCGUGCACAAGGCUGUGUGUGUAAGUGUGCAAGAGACAGACAGACGGAGAGUGAGCUAAACAUCGGGAAAUGAGGAUGAUGAAGACUUAAAAUUUAUAAACAAUUAAGUUAGAUUCCUGAACAAAUGCAUGAAAAACACAAUGCAGGGAGUUCAUGAAGACAAAGACUGCUAACAUGAAACAAGCAUGCAGCAUGAAAAUAUUUUUUAAUGUUAGAAGAAGUCAAAGAAGUGGACAGACAUGUUGGCAGAAAUUAACAUUAACUACUGAUUAAAUGCAGAGUGGUGUAUAAACACAUAUGAAGUAGGGAAAAAAAGGUGAGUGAAAAAGUAACACUGAUAGGUAGCCUCCAGCAGCUUAGACCUAUUGAAGUGUAACUGCAUAGGGAGGAUUCAGGAUCACCUGCUCCAUCCCUAACUAUGUGCUUUAUCAGAAAGGAAAGUUUUGAGCCUAAUCUUAAAGGUAGAGAGAGUGUCUGUCUGACUGGACAGACAGAGGGUGGAGAUAAAGAGUCUAGAUAAAUAUGAGUGGUAUUAAAGUAGCUGUACACUAUGUUAUUUCUGUGAGAUGGUUAUGAGUACUUUUUUCUCUAACAGUUGAAAUUCAUGAAGUCAUUACUAGUUAAGGUUUAAUGGAAUGCUUGCUUAACUCAGCAGAGCUCUGAUCUUUUGUCAGCCUGUCUACAGUCGUGAGAGAAACCGGGUGGUUCUUACUGUCUUCUUGGCUGCUGUUGGUUCUGUGGUCUCUAAAGAUGAGCCUACGCUGCUUCAGUAAAAUCCUUUUAGGCCAGGGUGAAGGGAGUAUCUGCCAUCAAACAAGAAGACAGCCGCAUCAAUAAUGUCACCGAAAAAUACCAAGCCCAACUUAAGCCAUUCCCAGGUAUCUGAGAUUGUGAAGAGGCUCUACCGGCUGACUGCAUCAGUGAUUCAGUCUCUGCCCAGUUAUGAUGACCAGAACUUCUAUGUGGCGCCCAGUGAGGGUGGCGAGUAUAUCCUAAAGAUAAUGAACUCAGAGGACAGCAAGAAUACCUUACUCAUUGAGGUGCAGACAUAUGCCAUGUCUGUCCUACAACAGAAUGGAAUUCCUGCUCAAACAGCGCUGCCCAACACCUCAGGAGAGAUAAUGAGUCUGGAGGAAAUAGAUUGCGGUUAUGGCAGUCAGAAGUACCUGGUGAGACUGUUGACCUAUUUACCUGGGACAACCAUCUCCAAGGUUCCUUUAACUCCACAGCUGCUGUAUGAAACAGGGAAAACAGCAGCUAAAAUGGACACAGUCCUUAAAAAGAUGAAACACCCCCAUCUUCACGUUCUGGAGAGAGAGGGCUUCAAAUGGAGUCUGUCAAAUGUUGCUCUCCUGGAAGAUUACCUCUACGUGUUAGACGGAGAGCCUCUGCUGGAGGUUGUGAAGUCUGUAAUCGAGGCGUACAAGAGCUCUGUGGAUCCCAAACGCUCUAGUUUUCGCAAAUGCAUUAACCACGGUGACUUCAAUGACCUCAAUGUCCUGGUACAGCCUAAUGACAAAGAAGGCUAUAGGAUCACCGGAAUUCUGGACUUUGGUGACAUGAAUAGUGGCUACUACAUCCAUGAGCUUGCAAUCACCGUCAUGUACAUGAUGACUGAGCACCCUAAACCCAUCGAGGUGGGUGGACCCGUCCUUGCUGGCUGGGAAAGCGUCCUUCCUCUCAAUGAGGCGGAGAAAGAUUGUCUAUAUGUGCUGGUGCUGUCCCGCUUUUGCCAGUCCUUAGUUUUAGCUCGUUACUCUGUGACCUUGCAGCCAGAAAAUGAAGAGUAUCUGAUGAUUUCAUCCAGGAAGGGUGUUAACAUUCUGCAGCAGCUCUGGGAGUUAGGAAAGGAGCAGGUGGAGAAGCUGUGGUUUGAAUAGAAUAGAAUAGAAUAGAAUAGAAUAGAAUAGAAUAGCCUUUAUUGUCAUUGUACAGGGUACAACGAAAUUGGAGUGCCACUCCCUUGGUGCAAAAUGCAAUAAUAAAUAUAAAUGUAAAAUAUAAAAGGUACAAUAAAACAAACGUAAGUACUCAACAAAAGUAAGCAUGAUAUUUACAGGAUAGCAGCAUUAAUAUAAUGACAGUAUGACAGUAUGAAUAGCAGCAUAAUAUAAUGACAGUGACAGUAUGGUAUGGCUAAGCAGGUUCAAUUGUUUUUGUGCUUAUUUACAACGGUGAU